GUCCUUUCACUGUUGUGUUUUAUUUGAAUUUUAUUUCAUUUGGAUUUCAGCAAAUCGAUUAUAAAUUUACGAUUGAAAUGAUUAUCCUACUGUACUACUCUGUUGAUUGAUAGAUUUAAUUGUGUAUUCGAUUAGUUGUAAACUGGAAAAUGUCCAAUAGAAAUAGAAGCUCUCGGUCUAAUAGAUGGGAAGAAAUAACCCACCAGGAACAAUUGAUAUUGGCUAAGAAACGGGAAAUUGAGGAACGACUUAAAUCAUCUGGAGAUGUGUCUAUGAAAAACGAGCAGAAUAUUUUAAAAAAUGAUUCAACUUCACCAUCAUUUCUAUUGACACAAACAACCUCGCCUGAUAAAUUUUCAUCACCAACUAUAUCAUCCAUUUCGACAUCAAUCUCAAAAACAUCUACAUCUUCGCCCAACACUGCUUCCGAAACGACCAAUUCAGAUUCCCAAGAAAACCAAUUCGUAAAUAGAUUUCAAAAUGAUGGAAGCUUUCUUGAGAUGUUUAAAAAAUUGCAACAGCAAAAGUCAGAGUCAUCUUUUAGUGAAUCUUCUACUGAAAAAACGGAGGAGACGAAUUCUGACAUUCAACCAAAAUUGGAGGAUAUUGAUGAAAGAGUUAAAUUCCCUAAGCAGGAUUGCGAUUUACUCUUGGAUCAACAAACGAAAGGUUUCCUUUUUACUUAUGGGUAUUCCGUUCAAGUCUCUCCAUCAGGAGAUGAUGAGAUAAGAAUGGCGAUUGAGAAGAGUGCUAUCUAUGUUGCUAUGAAUGGUUCAGAUGCGGAAGCCAAGUUAAAAAAUGAUUGCAUCAAUGACUCAGACUACAGAUGGUUAUACCAGGAAGAUAAUGUGAACCACCAAUAUUACAAAAGACGAGUUGAAGAACUGAAGGAAGCUAAAACAAGAGCAGCUGAUUUCGAAUCGUCCACACCACCUGCAUCAUCAUCGUCAUGGUCUACUGUUCCUGAACAUUUUCCUGCUUUACAAGACCACGACGAUCGAAAUCCAUUGGAUGGAAAAGGCAAAAAAAAGAAAGAAAGUCGCUGGUCUGAACCAUCAUCAUCUACACCAGUCUCUAAUCAAACAGAUGAGUAUGAGGAAGAAAGCGAAUCAAGUUCAUCGGUUCCUUUACCUCAAGAUCCUGAAUUGGUCAAAUAUGCUAUUCAAGUUUAUGGAAGGUGUGACUUGACAUCCGAUCAAUGGAAACAAUUAGAAGAUCAACGCAAAAUGAAAGUUUUGGUUCAAAUGAUUCAGAAAAAGAGACGAAAGAGGGAAAGGCUGGAAAGAAGUGGAAAAAAUGUAUACGAAUAUGAUUCAGAUGAAGAAGUUGAUGGUGGAACAUGGGAGCACAGGAAAAGAAUGAAAGAGAUGGAGAAAACUGCUGAAUGGGCUGCUAAAUUGACAGAGAUGAAUAAGGGUAAACAUCAUCUUGGUGAUUUCCUGCCUCCUGAUCAGUUGGAAAGAUUCAUGAAAAAAUGGGACGCGAUAAAAGAUGGUUCAACAUCACUUCUCUUCGAUGAAGAUUAUAGAGAUUUCAAAUUACAAUCAGAAAAUCAAGGUUACAAAAUGCUGGCAAAACUUGGAUGGUCUGAGGGUCAAGGACUAGGUGUUGAUAAUCAAGGAACGACCAAGCCAGUCGAUGUAGAUCCUAAUAUUGGGGAACGAGCUGGUCUUGGUCAGGAACGUCCAGACGAGUUGAAACCACAGGACGAUGAAUAUGAAGCUUACAGAAAACGAAUGAUGUUAGCUUACAGAUUUAGACCGAAUCCAUUGAACAAUCCGAGAAGGCCUUACUAUUAAUCAAGACAACAGAAAACACUCGAUUUUCCAUUGCAAACCGCUAUGCGCGUAUUUCAGUCUUUACUUAACUCUUUAGUAAAAAUAUCUAACAAGUUGUAAGUUACUCUUCUGUGCUAUAUUGAUUAUUUUGGUUUCAAACUAACGCGAUCUGACUCACUCAAAUUACAAACAUAAACUGAAAUUAUCCCAUUAAUUGAAGAAUCUUCGACCAUUUUCUUUUGUUUCAAACAAAAAAUGUAAUUAUAGUCAAAACCUAGAAUAUGAAAACUUCAUACGGACAUUUGGUUGAUAAAAUAUUUUUUAGUCCGAUCAAAACUUGUUGACCUUUGACAAUUUUGCAGGAAUUCAUUUAAUAAACAAUUUUUCAUUGUAA